AUGGCCCACCCGGACGAUAACCUCAUUCCUCACUAUGCCUCAUUCCUUUGCAACAAGCUCAAUCGCCUUAGCACAUCACGACCCAGAAAAAAUUAUAUUGGUGGAAUUGUCAGUUUGUUUGCUAAAAGUGCUCCAGUCCGGUCCCCAUAUCCCGGAAUUCACCAACCUCUACCCUGUGACCCCUACCUCACCACGAUAGUACUCGAGACCAUGAGGAUGUUUCGGACGGAGGACGAGAACCACAAUUGGACCGUGGGCCAAAACCACGACCCAAGACUCCUCAUCACCCCCAAAAACCGGAACAUCCUUUCCCCCAGGAGGCCUACUAACUUCACCGACUGGCAAAUCACGCCCUAUCUUUACCCUAUCUCCUUCUUCGAGGAGGAAGAUGAGGAAAGUGGAGAAAGUGACGAGGCUGUCGAGAGUGAUGGGGCGGCACCACAAAACUCUUCUCCCAUGGGUGGUGUCAGCUCAUCCCAUCAUGUUGGGCACCCAUCAUAUCACCAAAAAUAUAUGGAUCAAUUCCAAUCGAUCCAUACCCGCCUCGAAACUUACCAUAAAGAUGUCAUGAACCUAACCCAAAGCUUUUCCGCCUUCACCACUCAAUACGCUCGGGAUCAAGAGCGUCAGCGUAAACAUGAGGAGGACUUUUGGGCUUGGACCUGA